AUGGGCCAGCAUCCCAAAACUCCCGAAACCCCUUCUCACGCUCCGCGAUCAGCCAAAUCGACCGUCAAACAUUGCCUUGUGACAAAUGAGCUCGCAUCGAAGGCCCGAGUUGAACCGUGUUACUUGCUAAACCAGCGUCUCUGGAAGAACACGGAGCUACUUUCGCGUCUCGAAUGGACGUGGGGGAUGCAAUACGACUCACUCAAGUUGGACACAGAAGCAAAUAGAACCUAUCUCCGUCAUGACUUACUGGAGUCGUUUGACAGCAACCGCUGGCUGCUCCUUCCUUCGCCUGAGAUGGUCAACAAACUAUGGAAUCACUAUCAGAAUUUCGUAGAUGAUUCUACGAACGCAAAGCAACACCCGCACAUCGAGACGCUUUAUGAAGGUGCCGAAACUUUCGAAUAUCGGUUAUUGCCUUUGCGGCACGGCCUUGAUUCGAUUGAUCGGUUUGAUGAACCAGAUUUGUUCUCGCCAGCCGCUGAGCAAAACCCCACGCACCAUUCAAAUCCAUUCGAUACCCUCCCAACUUUGGUUUCACAUGUGAAACCCCACUUCGUCAUCUGCGAUUCCGCUGCCAAGCUCACUCAUGAAAACAUAAUGGGCUCGUCAGGACUUUUGCAGGUGAUUCAACUGCUCUGGCCGGUGUCUGAGUGUGAUGCUACUUGUAUGCUUGUCAACCUACAAAGUGUCUAUUCUCUCUGGCUGGAAGACGCACCACCCUCGACAUUUGCAUCGACACCUCGCACUCCUCUUCGGUUACCCUCUCCUGACGCCUGCCCAAGACUACCCAUCCGCCGCCGCCUGUCUCCAGAGUCUUGUGUUCGACCAUGCAUUAAUAGCCGAUUUGCGUGGACACCUCUGCCAUGCUCUCACUGUCAAAACGGUGGCAUCGUCAAUAAUUCCACUGAGUCUGAUGACGACGAAGAUCUCAUCAGUCUUAGUCCAUCAGAGGCUGCAUCUGAGUAUAAGGCCUACCGCAGACAUCUUUCUUAUAAAGUAAGGUCUUGGCAAUCCCGUUGUAUGAAGGAGGGAGGGAGAUGGACGUCACGUGUGUUCAACGACAACCAGUUGGGAAGCUAUGUGGAAGAGCGAUCACGAAACAUUGGGCGGACUGUACGACGUACUUAUUCUUGA